AUGACAUCUUCGCAGUCUAUAUCCUCGUCGGCUGGCACAGCCACGCACUACCAGGUUCUCAACAUUACAUCUGCUCUCCUCGACACCCAACAUGACUCUACGCCCCUCAUAAAGCGCGCCUAUCAUCGGGCCCUCCUCCGUAACCACCCAGACAAAGUCGCAAACUCAGAUCCAUCAUCAGUUUUCUUCACUGUUGAUCAAAUCACCACGGCACUCAACGUUCUUUCCAGUCCUUCUGCCCGCGCCGCCUACGACGCCGCACUACGAGUGUCUCGCCCGACCGGGGCAGCUGGCCGGGAUGGCUCCUAUCAGACUGGCGUAGAAAAUGUCGAUCUGGAUGACUUGGCUUUCGAUGAGAAUCAAGAAUGCUGGUACCGUCCUUGUCGAUGCGGAAAUGAGCACAGCUACGAGUUUCGUGAGGCUGACUUGGAGGAAGUGAGUGAAGAGGGGGAGCUCGUGGUUGGCUGCCUUGAUUGCAGCUUGUGGCUGCGGGUUCACUUUGCCGUACUGGAUGAAAAUGAAGACGAUGCACAACCUUCAAGUACUGCUUCUAAAGACAAAAUUUAA